AUGCUAAAAAACGGUGUUUUCUUUUUUGUUGAUCGCUGUCGUCUUUUCUCUUUCGUCAUCGAGGAAGAGUUUCAUACGAGAUUAGGAAUUGCUAAUUGGGAAUUGCGUUUCUCCAACCUCGAACCUCCACUCUCUGGAGAUAUCAUUGAGGCGCUUAGUCAAUCUAAUUUCGGGUUCAGCACUCCGGUUCAAGCCGCCACGAUUCCUUUACUAUGCCGUUACAAGGAUAUCGCCGUCGACGCUGCCACUGGCUCUGGAAAAACACUAGCUUUCGUCCUCCCACUCGUUGAAAUCCUCCGUACAUCCACCUCCUACCCUCCGAAGCCUCACCAGGUCAUGGGGGUGAUUAUAUCGCCAACAAGAGAGCUAUCAACGCAGGCCAAGAGGUGAGAGCUGACGUGAAGAUUAUCGAAGAAGAAGGCUGCAAUCUCUUGAUUGGUACACCUGGAAGGUUUUCAGAUAUAAUGGAACGACCGGAGAUUGUUGAAUUUCGAAAUUGAUAUGCCCAAAUUUAUCCUAGAGCUACUCUCUCAAAUUAAGAGGUCACCCUUAAUACUUAGGAGUUGUAUUCCACAUAGAUUCAAAAUCAAACACAAUAAAUUAUAAAGUUUUGUUA